AUGGAAUGCCUUCGCGACGACUUUCAGCGCGGCGUCAUCCUCGGCGGCCGGUAUCAGACCAUCUCCCCACUCAACCACGGCUCGUUCGGCCAGGUUUUGCUCGCCAAGGAUCUUCGAACAAGUGAGACUGUGGCCAUCAAGUGCAUCACAAAGCAGUCUGCUGCCAAUGACGCCGGCAUCGAGUUCGCCAUCGACGAGAAGUCGGAGGAAAUCGCUGUGCACAAGCACUUGGGAUCUCAUCCGAGCAUUGUCAACCAUCUUGAUGACUUUGAAACUGAGCAUCACAAGUACCUGGUCCUCGAGUUCUGCGAGCGCGGUGACCUGUACGAGGCCAUCCGCAUCGAUCAUGGCCCCCUCGAGACGGAACACGUGAGACGCUUCAUGUUGCAGCUCGUCGACGCCGUGGAAUACUGCCAUGCCAAGGGUGUCUUCCACCGUGACAUCAAGCCCGAGAACAUCUUCUUGACCCAAGACGGCUCCAUGAAGCUUGGUGACUUUGGACUUGCUACCAGGGAUGAGUGGACCACCGAGGUCAUGGUCGGAAGCGACCGCUAUAUGUCCCCAGAACAGUAUGAGAAUGAUGGUGACGGAUACUCGCCUGCUCAAGCCGACAUCUGGGCCAUUGGUAUCUGCCUGCUGAACAUCCUGUUCUCUCGGAACCCCUUCGCCACGCCGACCCCCGCCGAUCCCCUGUUCUUGGACUUCACCAGAGACAAGCAGUCGUUGUUUGACGUGUUCCCCAUGAUGUCAGCAGAUACCUUCCAGGUUAUCGACCACUGCAUGAACUUGGACCCCGCCAAGCGCUCUCUUGCCGCCACCCGUCAAGCGCUCCUCCGUGUCAAGAGCUUCACCACCCAGGAUGAGGAUCUCGUGGAUGCCUUCUGCUCCGCCGACCGCCGUGUUGUCGCCAGCGCCAACCGUGAGCCCCUUCGCACACCGUCCGUGCAGAGCCCCAUGGUGGACACUGGUGCCUUCCCUUGGGCCAAGGCCCUCCAGGCCACCCCUCCCAAGCCCAUCCGCCAACUCAGCAUCAUCCACGACUACGACGAGGGUUACGACGAGGACUUGUUCUCGAGGUCCGGCGGCACCGACUGGUUCUCCAAGCCAACGCAAACACCCAUGUCAUCCUUUGUGGACUCGAGCUUGGGAGCUUCCAUCCAGUCCUCCAACCUCUACAACUUCCAGCCCAGACUUCCAGCAAAGGCUUUGGCCAAGGUGUCACCCAUGGCUGGGUCUCUUCCCAUCAACAUGUCCAAGAACCGAAACCAAUCUGCCAUGUCAUGGGCCUUCAGCCGCGAGAACAACCAGGUCUCUAAGAGCUGGAGUGAUCUUUGGGACGACGAGGAGGAGGAGCAGCAGCAGGAGCAGGCUAGGCAACUGCAGGCUCUGAAGGAGAUGAACUCGAGGACUUGGAGCCACGAGAGUCAGACCAAGACUCCCGUUGCUGACAACGACGACACCCCUCGUCUUGGCCUGUCACCCAUCACCAAGACGGCCAGCGUUGUCAACCUCAACGACAAGGAGAACGAGAUCCCGUCCAUUGACGCCGCCCUGGGCUCCGCCAUCGACGAUGACGACUUUGAUUCGGAUGGUCUCUUCCUCUACGAAGCUCCGCCUGUCAAGGAGGAACCUCAGCGCCCCAGUCGCGCUUCUCCCAAACGCAGCGGUGUGGACAAGUGGUCGGUUCUGGGAGAGCGCCGACGGGCUUGCAACGGCACUACACCUUCCAAGGCCCCAGAGGUCACCCUCCGGACAGGGCAUCAUAUGGGGGCUGGCUUCCCUAGCAACACACCAUCGAAGGCGCAUGGCGUUCAUGAUUUCUUCAGCGGCGUUGAUCACCACACUCCCGUUUCCACAUUCAACCUCUCUACUCACAACAAGAACAACAACAAUCAUCAUUACACCCCACACCGCAGGGGUAGCAACCAUGGGAAGGAGCGCAUCAAGGAGUGCCCAUGGAGCAAGGGACGCGAUCGAGACUGGAAUUUUGAUUGGCGCAAGGAUAAGCGCAACGCCUUUGGCGAUCUCGAGUGGGUUGGUGGCUGGCCAGCAGCGGCUCGCUCAUAA